CCUGACCCCCUCUUCGCCUCUAGGCUUUUCCAGGUGUGCAGCGGGCGGGCUGCCGCCCCCCCAGCCGUGCCCGUGGACCUGGCCGUGCGGCUGUGCCUGAGCCAUUCGCCCCCCAUCCGCAAGCUGCUGAACUCCUACGAGGAGCUGCGGGGCAACCGAGGCCGCAAACCCCUCCGAUCCUGCCUCAACCAGAAGCUGAGCGCAGAAGCUGAGCCAGAGCGGCGAGACAGUACCAAGAGCUCCAAGAGCCAGAAAAAGAAGCAGGUCGUGUUUGCUGAUAUGAAGGGGCUCUCACUGACGGCUGUCCGCUUCUUCUCGAAGAUCGAGGAAGAUCUCUGUGAUUUGCAGCAUGCCCUGUCAGACCUCGCCUGUUUCCGACCUAGGCUGUGGGACUUAGGCCCGGAAGCGUGCAGGUAUGUGCUGGACUUCCCACAGCCGUCUGCAAACUAUGUGGCUUUCCGCAACAGCCUGCACAGCAACUUGGUCUGCCUGGAGAGCUGUCUGAUCCAGGACCGUGCUCUGUCAGGGACAGUGAAGGUUAGAAACAUCGAGUUUGAGAAGAAAGUGAUGGUCCGCAUCACCUUUGAUGGCUGGAAGAGCUUCCAGGAUAUCUCUUGCCAGUACAUGCACAGCACAUAUGGCUCAACUGACACAGACAUCUUCUCUUUUGAGCUUACCCUGCCCAAGCCAUCCAUCUCCCAUAGGGGCACAGAGUUCUGCAUCUCCUUCCAGUGUGGACAAAAGACCCACUGGGACAACAACCAUGGGAAGAACUAUAAGAUCUGCCAUGUGGGCAUGAUCCGCCCUGCCUCCUGUGCUGUGAAGAGUGCCAGCAGGGCCUGGGAGCAUCUUGGCACCUCUAGGGCUGCUGCUCUAGUCCUUUCUCGCCUGCAGACCUGGCGGCAUUCAGAGACCCGAGCUCCUUAUUGGUAGGACGGCAGUAUGGGGAGAGAUGUCCCCUCCCUCUCCUGACUGGUACAUGGGUUUUUGGGGAGGGGUCAGCUGCAGAAGAUGCUGCUCACGGUUUUGGUAGCUCUAUGAGCAGUUGCCAGUCUCUGCAGAAGCUUCUUCACUUCUUGCUGCUGCUACAGAGGCUGGAAGCUGCUGCCUGAAGUAACUCCUGCUUGUAGGUUCUCAGGGCAACACGAGACAAGGGAGGGGCUGUGGGCUGGGGCCCGCGGCCGGUGCUGCCCAAGUGCCUUGUGUGGAGGGGGCGUGAUCCUGCCGCCGCCGGCGCCUCCCGCUGCAGGCGCUCUCCAAACCGCGGGCCCGAGAAGGGCUCGCCGCGGGUUACUGGGCCAGGAGCAGCGGCGUGCCUGUGGUCGUUGGUGCUGUAGCGGGGAAGUGAAUAAAGUGACAGCUCUUCGCGA